UUAUUAUUUUUUGACCAUGCUGGUCAUUUAUGAACAUUACAACAUCUUGGCAAUGUUCUGUUAUAAUCGUUGUGCGUUACCAGGGUAACCGGGGUAAACUACCAAGUGUGCUGCUAGACUAGCUCAACUAUGCUCUAGUUAAACUACUGGCCUUUUAUUGUCCAUAAAUAUAGCAAGUAAACUUCAACACGUUCCGUGAAGACACAUAAGAAAUAUACCUAGCUACGAAUCUGUUGAUUGUGUUAUUGAGCAUUUUGCCCAGGAUAUUUUCUAACACAAAAAUGUCACAGUUAGAAAACGGUAUCGUUAGUAGCUAGCUAGAUAGGUGAUGUUGUAAAUUGCUUGGCUAAUUUCGCUCGAAUUCAGUGUUCACAGACCAUCAGGAUGUCGGUUCCUUUGUCUGGGGUAGAGCUGCUCAGAGUGUGUACAGUGCUCCAGGACUGUGAGGCACAGCUGUCAGUGCUGGGUCACAUCAUGCCCGACACCUACAGGGGUCGUCCAGAAGCUGAUAAGUUUGUGUCAGCCGACAUUGCACAGGUCCUUGAACAGCAGAAAGGGGCAGAGCAGAACCUGAAAGCAGCCCGUCAGUUUGAGAGAGAGUCUGGGAGACUGUCAGAUGCCACCCGUGAGCUGCACAGAUCCCAGAAGGAACUGAACCGCACACUAGAGGAGAACCCACUGUCCCCUGACAACCUGGCCAAGGUGCAGAGAGACAGUCAGUUUGUGGCUCACGUGAUUGCUGAUGUGUUGGCAGAGCUGCAAGAGAAAGGGACCUUUCACAGCUUGCUUUUCGCUGUGGGAGAAGAGAAAAGAAGGAAGGCCAACCUCCAGGACAUAAUAAUCAGGGAGGAGGGCAGCCAGCAGAGGAUCAAAGCUCUUCAGAGACAGCUGCUUGACAUCCGCAAGGAAAAAACUCUGGAGCUGCAGCGACGUGAAGAGAUGACUGCCCACCUGAAGGACCAGCUACAGGGGAUGAAGGCUAAAACUGGGCUGGAGAGGAAGUAUGUGAAGAGCAGCGCGGAGCUGCUGGUGUACCAGGGACAGAAGAUCAACACACACUCUGAGAAGCAGCUGGAGGAUGAGAUCAGGCUACAGCAGAAGAGGUUGGAGGAGGAGAGGAGAGUUCAUAUGGAGACGGAGACUUUCCUCAAGGAACAUCAGACAAGUCUGGGGGAGAAGCUGGAGGUGUGGAUGGAGCGCUAUGAGAGAGACAUGGAGGACAAGCAGCAGGAGCUCAACAGCCUGAGGAACAACAAAGCUAACAAUCUCUCCCAGCUCCAGGAGCUGGCCAAGAAGUACAGAGACAUUGAGCAGGUGGUCAUCGAGGACAGGAUGGAGAAAGAGGCCCUACGCAGGAAGCUGGAGAAGGAACAUAUGGAGCGAGACGCAGCCACCAAGAUCCAGUCGUGGUGGAGGGGAACAUUAGUGCGACGCGGCCUGGGCCCCUAUAAGAAAGGCAAGACGCCCAAGUCCAAGGAGGGAAAGAAGGGAAAGAAGGGAAAGAAGAAAAAGUGAGGUGUCCCUUCUUCAAGAGCUCCAGUGAAAGGAAACCAAAAAAAAUUCUCAAUACAGACAUGUUACUUUUCAUCAAUGUUCAAUUCCUGAUUACAGACAAUCUAAGUCGACACUGGCCUGUAGGCAAAUAUAUCUUCAAUGAGAAAAGCUUUUUUUUUUUUUUUAACAGAGUAAAGUUGGCAUGGUCAUUUUGAAUACUACUACCACCAUUACCAGGUUCUUACUUAUAUGCAGUCUAACACAAGGGCAAGAAUGGUAAUAAACAAGCGUACUCAUGAGA